UCCAUGUGAGAACCAAGCCGAUUGACGUCAAUGGCAGACUUUGGUGUGUUACCGUUUCCGGUGGGCUGACAUCCAAACGCUUGUGAGGAAUAAAUAGUUGCAGUGUUGUCUCUGAAUAUUACGGAAUAACACGCAGACCGAGUCCCGUUAUUAAGGCUCGAUCAAAGAUCAGAUCUAGCGUUCACCAUGGCAUCAGGCAAUGUGGCCAGCGAGGAGGAGAAGAGUCUGCGGGACUGUGAGUUAUAUGUGCAGAAACACAACAUCCAGCAGCUUCUGAAGGACUGCAUCGUUCAACUGUGCACCUCACGGCCUGACAGACCCAUGGCUUUCCUCAGAGAAUACUUUGAGAGACUUGAAAAGGAAGAAGCUAAACAGAUCCAAAACCAGCAGAAAGCCAGUUCUCGCUCGGACUCACGUGAAGAUGAAGUCUCUCCUCCCAUGAAUCCUGUGGUGAAGGGUCGCAGACGGAGAGGAGCCAUCAGUGCUGAGGUCUAUACUGAGGAGGAUGCUGCUUCAUAUGUUAGGAAGGUUAUCCCUAAAGACUACAAAACUAUGGCUGCUCUUGCCAAAGCUAUUGAAAGGAACGUUCUCUUCUCACAUUUGGAUGACAAUGAACGAAGUGACAUUUUUGAUGCAAUGUUCCCAGUCACAUACAUUGCAGGAGAGAUUGUCAUCCAGCAAGGUGAUGAGGGCGAUAACUUUUAUGUCAUCGACCAGGGCGAAAUGGAUGUGUAUGUUAACAGUGAGUGGGCCACCAGCAUUGGAGAGGGGGGCAGCUUUGGAGAGCUGGCUCUAAUCUACGGUACCCCGAGAGCUGCGACUGUCAGAGCCAAGACCAAUGUCAAGCUGUGGGGUAUUGACAGAGACAGCUACAGGAGAAUACUGAUGGGAAGCACUUUGAGGAAGAGGAAGAUGUAUGAGAAGUUCCUAAGCAAAGUAUCCAUUUUAGAGUCUCUGGAUAAGUGGGAGCGUCUGACCGUGGCUGAUGCUUUAGAGACGGUGCAGUUUGAGGAUGGUCAGAAGAUCGUAGUGCAAGGAGAACCAGGAGAUGAGUUUUUCAUCAUCCUGGAGGGAUGUGCAGCUGUUUUGCAGCGGAGAUCAGAGAACGAGGAGUUUGUAGAGGUCGGACGGUUAGGACCAUCAGACUACUUUGGUGAGAUCGCUCUGCUGAUGAACCGGCCCCGUGCAGCCACCGUGGUGGCCCGUGGCCCGCUGAAGUGCGUCAAACUAGACAGGCCGCGUUUCGAGCGGGUGCUGGGGCCGUGCUCGGACAUCCUCAAACGCAACAUCCAGCAGUACAACAGCUUCGUCUCGCUCUCCGUCUAAGACCACCUGCCCCCAUAACUUCUGUUACACGGUCCAUACAAUUUAGUUUUAAAUUUACACCUCGUAUACUUUCACGUGCUUCCCAUCAGUCAAAGCUUUAACAGCGUCUUCAUUGUUGGACAUUUAGAGCCAGACGAAAAGAGAGACAAUCAAACGUAUGCUCGUCCAAUCAAAUCACAGCAUUUAUACCAUAGAGUUUAUACCUCCAGCAGUGAAAUAAACAAAAAGACGGGAGAAAAAUAUAUUUAUAGUAAAGUUAUUUUAAGACAAUUUUGAAUUCCUUUACCCACACAGUUUUAUAAGACUAGUUUUAUAAAAUGAACUGCCUACAUAUAUAAAGAGUCAAACGGAUACAUUGUGAUUCAGCUCCUUUAAGCCUUACUGCCGAAUUUGCCCUAUACAGAUAUAUGGUCUAAUGGAAAUGGGGAUAAUAUGCUAUUUUACUGUAUUUGUUCUUUACAUCAUUUCUCUGUUAUCAUUCCAGCACACCGUCUGUGUUUUGUUUCUUAUUGUAGUAAUUCUGUAGUCUGGUCAUUCCCUUGCAGUAUCUGUAUUUUAAGGUUUUAAAAUGAUAUUAGUUUCUUUUCUGCUAAAAAGCCAGUGCCAAACAUUGGACAGAGCCUCAUUUCUUAACUUGAAUUUUGCUUCUAGCAGUGAAUGGUGCCGCAUCGCUGAUACACUGAUAAUAUUUCAUUUGUAUUUUUAAAUCGCAUGCGUGCUAUCACUGAAUGAAUCUAGCUUUCAAGUUGAAUGUUUCAGUAUUCACCUUUUUGUCAGUAUAAGCCGAAAAAGACGUUUUAUUUUAAUAAGCUUAUUUUUCCAUAAAUGAUGCAUUAAUGUAUAAGUGUUUCUAUGGUUAUUUUUAAUCGGCUUGUAGCGAUUUCAAUGUUAAGAUGAAAAUGAAGUGAUAAUAAUAUAAAUGCUGGGCUCUUUGGUUUUCUGGUACUGUAUGAAAACAAGAGUCUUGCAAAUUUCAUUAAAGCUAUUCUUGUAAAUCAACUUGAAUUGAACACACCAGUACAUACAAUGUUUGUUUGUUUGUUUCUUUAUCUGAGCACAAAGAGUUUUUAGUUAAGACCAUGAGUAAUUUGAUGUGGUGUUAUUGAGGAUUUGUUUUGCUAUUCAUCUUUUUUGUUAAACAGUCAAUCACACAGUUUGCCCUUUUUUAUUUAUAGUAUGUUCCCAGUUUAAGUUUUUGAUACAUGUAAAGAUUAAAACAGUUUACCACGAA